AUGACCCAAACAACAGAUAUUUUAACAGAAGGUACAGCUCUUAAACAAUACCUUGUAUUGGCAAAAUCUAAUAAAGGUCGGGCUUGUGUUGCCCUCAUUGAACAAGCACUUUCAAAUCAAAAUGUAUUUGUAUUUGGUGAAUUAUUAGAUAUGCCAAAUGUACAAGCUUUACAACAAACUGAAUUCAAGCAACACUAUGAUCUUCUCAAUAUAUUCACAUUUGGAACUUAUUCACAUUAUAUCAGUAAGAGAUUGAAGAAUAAGGAUAAUUUACCACCUUUGACACCUCAAAUGUCAACCAAACUCAAACAACUUUCUAUUGUAUAUUUAUCAACCAUUUCAAAGAUCAUUCCUUAUUCAUUGUUACAAAAGGAAUUGGAAAUUUCAAAUUUGAGAGAAUUGGAAGAUUUGGUGAUUGAUUCUAUUUAUCAAAAUAUUAUCAGAGGAAAGUUGGACCAAAAGAAUAAGCAUUUGGAGAUUGAAUUUGCAAUUGGUCGUGAUGUUCCAGCUGCAAGCAUCGAUGUUCUUAUCAAUGCUUUAGAUAGUUGGGUUGGAACCUCUGAUGGAUUGUUAAAGACUAUUGGAGAGCUUAUGAUUCACAGUGACAAGGUACACGUAGCUAAUCGCAAGAACAAGGAGGAUUUGGAAAAGAGAGUAGAAGUUGCCAAAUCACAAAUCAAAUUGGAAGCACCAGAGGCAUCAAUCUAUGAUUCAUUUGAAUAUUCAGAAGAGUUUUCAAGAUCAAGAAAAGGAAUGAAAACCAAAGGAGGAAAAGAUCACACAUUCAAGAGACCAUAA